AUGUCUGCUUGGCUCUUGAGGAUUGACAAAAUGGAUACGGUGCUCUGCUUUUUCCUCCCCUUCUCCGCGUUGAGUCCAAUGAACCGUUUAGGUAUGUUGUCAGUUCGUAUUUUACUCUCAGGGAGUAUUGCCCCUUUUCUACUACUAACACAACGCAUUCAAUUUCAGGAAAUCCUUGUAUCGGGGCUUAAUGUACCAGAGAAAAAGGGACUUUUAAAAGACUUGUACGAAACAUAUUCUACAAUCAUUGAACAAAAGAAUAGGCCGGUCAUUUCUAGGCGUACUCGUUUAUUCUUGGAGAAAGUGUUUACUAAGAAACAAUGGUUAACAAAAGAAGAAAGACAAUUAAUUGCAAGAAAAUGUGGGAUCAGUCCGUUGCAAGUAAGAAUAUGGUUUAUAAACAAACGUGCUAGAUCGAAAUAA